AUGAAAGCAUUGGAACUCAAUUCAAUUCAACUCGAUCCUGAUCAAGAUCGAUUCUUAUUCUUUGAUCCUGAUGCUGAGCGAUAUGGUGAAUUCGAUAUCCAUAUUUUAUCAAACACAAACAAAGUAUAUAAGGAUGUUCGAUUACAUAAAUUAGAACAAGAGAUUAUUGAUGAAAAAAUAGGAAUUUUCAAUAUGAACAACGCUGAUUUCGGUAUAGAAACAUCUGGGAAAGAAAAAAAAGGAAAAAAAAGACAAAAUAAGAAAAAAUCCACGAAUAUUGGUGGUAUGUCAAACAACAACAAAGUUUUUCAAAACAUUCAUAGUGAUAUAAGCAAAGUUGAUGAUUCAAAUGUUAUUGAAACUAUGACAACUAUUGAUGAUAUUAUACAAGAAAAAGAACAUUCAACAGAUAUUAUUGACAUCGAAUUAGAAAUCGAUCGAUGUACAAUUAUAAAAGAAGAAGAUGAUGAAGAAAAUAAAGAUGAUGAUGAAGAAAAUAAAGAUGAUGAUGAUGAAGAAAAAACGAUAAAUACCACCGAAAAAUUUCAAGCAACAACACCUUUCGAAAAUUACCUUAUUAAUGAGCUCGGUUCAAUCAAGAACAAAUUAUAUUCAAUAGAAAAACGAUUCAAUCAUAUAGACAAACGGCUUAGUCGAAUAGAAAAACGAUCGGCAGUUACAUAUGAAAUAGCAUCAGAAACACGUGUUAUUCAUACGCUUCGAUAG